AUGUCGACCAACUCUCGCUUCGACCCCAACUUCACCCCCUACGUGGUCAACGCCAUGGGUCCCAACACCCCCGAGCGUGCCCGUGUCAUCCUGGGAUCCCUCAUCACCCACAUCCACGAUUUCGCCCGCGAGGUCGAGCUGACUCCCGCCGAGUGGAUGAUGGGUGUCGAGUUCAUCAACUCCAUCGGCAAGAUCAGCACUCCCAUCCGCAACGAGUGCCACCGCAUCUGCGAUGUCAUCGGUCUCGAGUCCCUCGUCGAUGAGAUCGCCAACAAGAUCGUCACUGAGAAGGGCGAGUCCCCUACCUCCAACGUCAUUCUGGGCCCCUUCUGGUCCCCCAACGCACCCUUCCGCGCCCUCGGCGACUCCAUCAUCCAGGACCCCAAGCCCGACGCCAAGGUCACCUACAUGCACGGUGUGCUGACCGACAUGGAGACUGGUGCCCCCAUCGUCGGCGCCGUCCUCGACAUCUGGCAGGCUUCCUCCAAUGGCCAGUAUGACUUCCAGGAUCCUACCCAGUCCGAGAACAACCUGCGCGGCAAGUUCCGCUCCAACGAGAAGGGCGAAUUCUACUGGUACUGCUACCACCCAACCCCUUACUCGCUGCCCACCGACGGCCCGGCUGGUGCCCUGCUGAACCUCAUGGACCGCUCCCCAAUGCGUCCCGCCCACAUCCACCUGAUGAUCACCCACCCCGAUUACGCCACCGUUAUCAACCAGAUCUACCCCAGCGAUGACCCCCACCUCGACAUCGACUCCGUCUUUGCAGUCAAGGACGAUUUGGUUGUCGACUUCAAGCCCAAGACCGGUGACCCCAAGGCCACUCUGGACCUGAACUACCCCGUCACCAUGGCCCUGAAGAAGCACCACCCCAACCCCAACUCCGCCCCUCCCGUCUCCUCCUUUGAGCGCUUCAACAAGGCCGGCCCGGUCCAGCAGAAGUUGUAG